CAUUGGUUCAGUUUCUUGGUCCCAUUCGUUGGGUGAAGUGAGGUUUUCUUGCGAAGUCCCAAUGUAUUUACAGAGUUCAGCAUUAUUCCAACAGUUAGAUCAUUAUAACAAUACAAGAAGAAAGCGCAGUAUACGAAGGAGAAAGUAUCACAAAUUCAAAUAAUAAUUAUCGUAAAUAGUCUGUGAAAUAACCGAAAGAAUAACCAUGCCUAAAGGUGGCCGAGAAGGGAGUAAAAGCAAACGACAGACGAAAGCGAAGCGUAAAGCCUCUCCAAAGAGAGCUGAAGAUACCAUGGAUGUCGAUGAAGAAGAGGCAAUGAGUGUAACUAGCCAGGGAUCGCUCGACUUCGCGAAUGGAGACGAAUUUGCCGCUGCUGAAGGAAACGAAGAUGGUACAGAGGAAAUUACAGUUAACAUGGAGCAAGUUCUGGAUGAUAAUUUAGAUGGUGCAACUCAAAAGAGUGCAAGAGGCAGACAGACCUGUUUAGCCAAUAUUCAAAAGGCUUUGAGAUCCAAGUUACUUUUUGACUAUGCUGUAAACAGAAAGAUGACGAUCCAGGAUACCGUAGAACGGUUUCUGAGGAGAGGUACCACAGAGGACCGCGUUCUUGCGGCAUCCAUAGCCUCAUUGCUGUGUAUCCAGCUUGGCUUUGGGGUUGAUAGUGAAGAGUUGUUUAAAAGUCUUAAGCAGUAUCUUAUAAUUGUGAUCCAGGAUCCAACAGCACAUCCGGCAGCUAGAGCAAGUUGCUGUACAACUCUUGGGAUCUGUUGUUUCCUUGCUUGCGAUGAAGAUGAGGACUUCAAAGAGUGCACUCAAGUCUUUGAGAAUGUCUUCAACACUAACAAGACAGUGCAGCCUCCUCAAGUACCUUUCCACUGCAGUGCACUUCUGUCUUGGGGCCUUUUGUUGUCCAUUGCAAACAAUGCCGAGGACCUAGUACAGCAGUAUAUGCGAAGGGUAAUAAAUAUUCUACAAACCAGCAAUGAGAUAGACCUGAGGAUUUCUGCUGGUGAGAUUCUAGCCCUGAUGUACGAGAUCAAGCGGUUUUCAGAUGAGAGCUUCCAGGGAGACAGGAAGAGAAUAUGUGAACUGUUGAGAGAACUGGCCACAGAUAGUGACAGACACAAAGCAAAGAAAGAUUUGAAGCAGCAGAGAGCAAGCUUCAGGGAUGUACUCAAGGCUGUGGAGGAUGGAGCUGUUCCUGAGGAUUCCAUCAGGUUUGGCACAGAAGUGAUGGAGUUGGACUCCUGGGCCAGGAGGCGACAGUAUGGAGCCUUGAAGGACACCCUAACCACUGGAACAGUCACUCAUCUAAAGGCAAAUGAACUGGUGCGGCAGAUUUUUGAGCUGGGUCCUCCUAUCAGCCUGGAAGAGUCAAAACAAAAGAAAUGUAGCAAAUAUGAGAGGCAACUUUGGAACAAUGCAGCCUCCAAGGCAAGAACCCUAACACGCGGCAAGCAUCGUGACAAGCGUAAUGCCAGCAUGUACUAGUCGCCUGACCAUGUGUUGCAUGUGACGCAGUGGAUGUGUCUAGACAGUCACCUGGCCAUGUGUUACGCAGUGGAUGAGUCUAGACUGAAGCAAACAGGGAAACACUACAGUGGAUGAGUCUAGACUGAAGCAUACAGGGAAACCUAAAACCUAAAGCGAAAUUUGGUUGCUGUUCUUUUUCAUGUUCCAUUCCAAAUGCAUGCAAAUGAAAAUGAAUCAAUUGAUUCUGUUCAUUAACAAAGCAUUUUCAAUUGGAAUGGUACAUGAAAAAAAAUGGUGUCUAAACUAUGCCUAAGUCUUAAAGGGAUGGAAGUAAAAAAAUGAGGGAGUGAGCUCUUCCUCUUCUCACCUCUUCCAAGCUCAUUUGUUUUUCCAUUUGUUUGUCCCAACAGCCUUUCCUGGUAGCCACAGUCUUUAUCUCAUUCAAUGAGGCACACCAUCUCGAUUUGUCUCAUCUAGCUAAAAUUAAGUCAUAGGUUUUUAAAUGAAAUAAUAUAAUUCCAUUCCAUACCUGCACACUGGUAUGUUUUUGUGUUAGACUCUGUAUUUAUUUUAAUCAUGAAUUCAACCUGUCUUUUCAAGUUUUGUAGUGUGAUUUUACUAGUUUUUUUCAUGUGGCGCCGCGAAAUUUAGUCUCCUAAUGUAAUUUGCUGGUCCAAGCCUAUAAAAUGUACUUUUAAGUUAAUUCAUGUACUUGUGAAGGGUAGACAACAGCUGUGAUAGCAUGACAUGACUGCCACACUAUGUGCAUUCUGAGAGGGCCAGUGGUCUUCGUUGGCACUCCUAAAGGUCUUUACCACAGUUAUCCCCGGCGUUACUGGUGGUUGAAAUACGGGAACACUGGAUCCCUGAGCAUGCGGUAUUUGUAGUACUACUUGGCUUUUUUUUUUCAACCAAAGUAUUCAUACUAAACCCAAAUGGUACAGAAAAGCCAUUCGCCAUGAACUUUCUCUUGUAGAUUGUAUAUUUUUGUGAUAAUUCAAAAUUAACGGUUGAAUGGCAGACACUGGAAAGCCACAAUGUUCUAUAAAAGAUAAAUAAACUGUCACCAUGCUGA